AUGGGCGAGAUGGAUGGGCCGGAGUUUUAUCCCGAUCCUGUCACCGGUCUCCCGAAUGGUCCUAGAUGGGGGAGGCGAGGAAAUGGCGGAGGGCGCGGAAUAGGGCCUGGGAGAAAUACCAACGAGACCAUCAACAGCGCAUGGGCAGUUGGCAACGACAGUGACUUUGAGGUGUGGAAUAAUGGCCGACUGGUCGCCAGCGGAGGAGAUCGCUUGACUCACGGUGGAGGCCGUCGUGGUGGAGAGCAUCUCUACUUCGAUGAUGACUUUUCUGAUGACUUUGACGACUUCGGUGGCGGCCCAUUUGAGAGAGAAUCACGCCGUGGCCCCGGAAGUAACCCUUUCGGUGGACGCUCUCCUCGAGGACGAGGUCAGCUUCCUCCAGGCAUGGAAUUUGUUCCGCCAUGGCUGUUCGACGACUUUGACGAGGAUGAUUUCCAUGACUUUGAAAUAACGGCGUCUUUUGGAGGUAUGCCACUUGGACGACGGGAAAGGGGACCGCGUCGAGGUGGCAGAGAGGGCAUCAGAAUUACGCGACAAGGAGGGGCUAUGGUGGUGGACAACCAGUUUGGCAGUCCACCUCACAGAGGUCCAGGACGAAGCGGCCUUGAUAUAAUGCCAGACGAGGACUACAAUGCUGAUGACUACGACGGUGGUGACGACGAUCAUGAUGGUAAUGAAGAAGACGAAGAAGCCAUGGGAGGUAGUUCUGGUGGGAGAUUCCAGGAUCGUGUCUAUCGGACUCGAAAUGGAGGGACCCUUCGCAUCCACUCUGGAUGGUAG